AGCCAAUCGUUGUGCCACUCCGGCUCGCUGUGGUAACUCGCUCAGUCGGGUGCGCAAAAAGGAAUGUGUCGAAUAUAAUCUGCAACACUAGUGCCUUCAUUUGCUGUUAAUUUGCAGAGCGAAUACAGGUAGAACAGCUUCCAAAAUGAUGCACUUCAUGCUGCUGUUCAGUCGGCAGGGCAAGCUGCGACUGCAGAAAUGGUACGUAGCACACCCGGACAAGCUGAAGAAGAAGAUUACCCGGGAACUGGUUACCACAAUCCUAGCUCGGAAGCCCAAGAUGUGUUCCUUCCUCGAAUGGAAAGACCUCAAAGUCGUAUACAAACGAUAUGCUAGUCUGUAUUUCUGUUGCGCCGUGGAACAAGCGGAUAAUGAACUGCUGACUCUUGAAGUAAUUCAUCGCUAUGUGGAGCUUCUGGACAAGUACUUCGGAAGUGUGUGCGAGCUGGACAUCAUCUUCAACUUUGAAAAAGCUUACUUCAUCCUGGACGAACUUUUGCUGGGUGGAGAGAUGCAGGAGACAAGCAAGAAGAACGUCCUAAAAGCAAUUGCAGCGCAAGAUUUACUUCAGGAGGAUGAGAUGAUUGACGGUGGCAUGCAGGACUAACAAUGCUCGUCCCGAAAGCGGAUCCGUUUUUACAAGCCAUUUAUGUUUGUGGUUGUCUGUCCUGGGCACUCCUCACCCAUCCCAACCCGUCCGCUGUGUUGAAACGGUGUGAAUUCGGCAUUAUUUCUGUACUCUCACUUUGUUAGUUCAGAGCCUUGAUUGUUACCCGAGACAAUCACGCAUGAUCAGGAUGUACUCUUCAGUAGGAUGUGUGCAUGUUUUGGCUGUUUGGAAGUGUCAAGUGAAAGCCUGUUAGAACAUUUUUAUCGUGAGAUUCUUCAAAAGAGGCCAAACACUGGACCACGGUUGAGGGCGGUACAUUGCCAAUGCUAUUUGCCAUCUGUAUACAAAGUAAGAAUCUCGUUUACUGAUUCCUGAUAAUCGUCUAGCUCCAAUUUCUUGGUUUUCAUCAGUUCUCGAUAGAAGUACUCAUUUUAAAAAAUCUGGCCACCACGUGGAUAGAAAAAAAGUGAGAACCAUCAGACUUUCCACAUAUAAUACUGUUUGUCACUACUACCUUUGUCUGUCAUGUUUUGUGUACCUUUGUGUGUCACCUGUUUGAUUUUUGUUCCAUAUUCAUAAAGUUUUCUAUCUUCUGCAAGCUGCAUGUUUACUGCUGUUGAAUCUGUUCCUGCCAUGCUAUUAGGUAUGAGCAGCGUCACAGUAACAUUUUUCUCUUACGUUCACGCACAUUUUUGUACAAGGUCGCAGGCAGUCUGCGGUGUUGCUUAUAAUGCUUAACAUUGGCAAUCAGGAAACAUUUUUUGUGGGUAGACAAUCACGUAGUUGUGGGCAUUCCCGUCAAAUAACGGUCCACGUUGCGUUUAAUCCAGUAAUCAGUCCGAAAGAAACUCAUUGAACGACCAGCUCAUUCAUUGUAGUGCAGGUAAUUACACAUCAUGUGCCCCUCUUGGCACAAAAAAACAUUGUUCAUGAUGCAGCUAGACAAGCAAACGUUAUACGAUUGCCACUCUCACAGCAAGACACAUCUCUUGUUAGGUCUGUUCUGAUACUCGGGGCUAGUCACGACAUGUACGUGACCUGACAAGCCUGCGAAGGAUUGUUUUGUUGUGACGAUGCCAUUCUAUAGUUACUGACAAUAACUCAGUGUUGAAAUACAUGUUUACACAUUUCCAGUAUCGUAACAUAGAAUGAACAAGCUUUCCUUUCUUAUACACAUUUCAGUAUUGAAAUUUGGAAGGUCCAGAGUUUAUACUGUGAACUGUUGAAGCUGUGUGGUCGUAAUGCCAGUUUCUGGAUGUGCUAUUCUAUGCUCCUAGUAGAUUGCAGUGUGGUCGUAGGUGUUUGAUAUUUCUUAGCUUCAUAGCUACUAGUAGUGCUCUCGUUAGUCUACAUGCAUGUUAUGUUGUCAUGUAUCCAACAUGAAAUCUCAAUACUGUGAUAAAUAAAUGUCUAUGGAAUUGAGAAUAA